UUGAAUUUGAAUAUAAACAUGUAAAUUUGAAUGUAAAACCUUUCGAGAUCUUGCUAUAGCUUACAUAUAAUGUUUGACAUAUAGAAACAAUAGUUAUGUAUACAUGUAAUUUAAUCGUAUGUGUUAUUUUGACCGCGAUUCCGGUAUAUAAUUCUACAGCAGGAUGUAACAUAAACGGGUCUAACCCAUGUGGAGAAAAUUCCAGAUUGUUGGAAUCUGGAAAAUGUGAAGCUUGCGAGGCUGGUAGAUAUGGUUGUAACUGCUCUCUACUCUGUCCCAACAAUACAUUUGGUGUAGGCUGUUACUCCACAUGUAACUGUUCUGCUGAUGAGAUUUGUGAUCCCGCAACAGGAUGUACUAGCAACACCAGUGUUUCCUCAUAUACAACAGAAGCUCAAGAGACGACAACAGUGCUGAGAAAUAGUGCAGCGCCAUUAGCGCCAUUAAAGCCAUUGAGGAUGUUCAACAUUGUUAUUAUUGCCUUAGCAGCCUCAUUGGUAAUAGUGGUUACGCUGAGCAUUUCCUGCAUAGUUAUUGUAUUAAGACGAAACUCGAAAAAGGGGACAAAAACAGCUACGAAAACAAAGAACAGCGAAGAGAUGUCUGAGACCGCGGAACAAAAUCCAGAUUCCCAUUCGUACCUUACCAUCAGCGAAAGAUCCUUUCGUCUGUAUGCCGAUGUUCACUAUGACGAAGCGGAGGAAAGGAAGAGCUUAACAUCAGUAUCAUUACACAGUAAGGGAUACGAUACCAGCGUCAGUGAUAAAAGUGAAGGAUCCGAUGAUUAUCUAACACCGACAGUAAAGACUGCCAAAAAAGACACAACCGGUAGUCAGUCAUCUGUAACACCGACAGUAAAAACUGCCCAAAAAGAUGCAACCGGUAGUCAGUCAUCUGGCGAUUAUGACGAUACCAUCACAAAAUGUUCAGAAACCUGUAUCUGAGCAUGACGAUUAAAUACAGAUUGCUAUCAUAGAAACAUAAGGCAUGUUUGAUGUAAUUAAAGCAUGAGAUGUUUCUUUUAACUUUUGCCGUUAAUUCCCAGCUCUUUCCCUGCCUACAUUUUACAGAAUUUGCGAAAUGCUGAUUUUAAACGAGACUGUUGAAACAAUGCAUUGUAACAUCAAACUAUUUGUCGUUAGUCUACCUCGAUUUAAAAAACUGUUCAUACGCAUAACAUGUUCAUAAGCAUCGAAUCAGUUGAGAGACAUAAACACCAUAUGUAGGUGAUGAUGGAAUAUUGUUAUAUAAAGAUGGUAGGUUGACGAUGGAGAAGCUGAAAUCAUCCCCUUUACCAUAAAGUUGAGUUGUUAGUCUACCGUCAAUAUCCAUGUUCAACAACCUAAUUUUGAUGCAAUUCAUCAAAUCGGCCACUAAGAUUUUAAGAUAUUCUAAACUAGUUCCAUGAAACACGAAAAAUGUAAGAUGAAAUAUUUUAAACAAAAUCAAGAAACAAUUCGAGUACUCACUUUAAAAAACAUUAACCACUACACGAGUAACGUGUGUUCAGCAGAGGGUUGAUAUUUAUCAGUGGACACGUACCCGGUUACACCAAGGAUUUUGCAAUACAUAUUUCACAAAAAUGUUUCUUGUCUACUAAGCAAGAAAUGAAUUUAUUCAAUACAUUUACGAUGAUUACGAUGAUUAUUCAACAUGGAUUUAAUUUAACAUAAUCCUUCAAUUCCUUAAAUCUAUAGUCCCGAGACAAUGGGCUUUUACCAAUGGUUCAGUCAAGUGACCUAAUGUAUCUUACCAGCUGAUGUCUCCAGCUCACUUUGACACUGGGGUACAGACUCUUUUUUUUUUUUUUUUUUUUUUUUUAGACAUUAUUGCCAAGUGUCAAAGCUACGAUGGUUAAUCAGCUAGCCAACAUAAACCGUAAGGCUUAUUCAGCCCUAAUGUAGCCUUAUACUUACAAAGGAUCGGCUUUUCUGCGUCUCUUUUGUGGACAUUUCUGCUUCGUUGUGGAGAUCAGACAAAAUGAUCUGCGGUCGACCAAUAUAUAAAUAGCAUUUCCCGAACUUAUUUCACUGCAAGGGAAACAUGUUAUCAAACAUGAUUGGAUGAAGUUCAAAAAGUGAAACAUUAUUUAUUCUCAAAUCAUAUAACAGUAUCAUGUGUAUGUGAAAAUUCUAUUAGUUUUACACAAGAUAUUUUAUUAUUAAAAUGCAGUUAAGCCCUCUUGUUCUCAUCAGGACGAAAUGGGGACUUAAAAGCGACCAACAUAUUUUUUUCACGCCCCUCUAAAUUGAAAUCCACAAUUCGCCCUUGCUCAUUGGAAAAUUUGCAUUGAAAAUGCUUAAAUUCACCAUCAUGAUGGUACGCAGAUUGAGUAAAUGAAUAUUAUUAGAUUUUGAGUUUCAAUAGAUUGCAGAACCAAACUUGCUUCACAAAUGUGCUGAAUGUGUCAUAGAAUGAAAUGGCAAGACAUACCCUGUAUCUAUAUCAUAUGAUGAUGGCAAUAUUACUCGCUGGAUUAGCUAUACUGCGGAUGUUUUCAACUCUGAUUUGCACGUCGCGGAUCUUAAGCAAAGCAAUAACCGAAUAUACAUGCAUAUAAAUAUUUGCGGCUGUAGCAUAUUGAAACCAACUUAAAUUAUUCUAAUCAAUUCAUUUAUUUACUUACAUUGUGAUAUCUGGAAUGUUAUAAUGAGUUGUUUCUAUAAUUCAUACACUGUCAUUACGGGGAAUACUUGUACAAGAUACGUAUAAAAUCGUUAAUUCAUAAUAUUUAUUUAAUAACGAAUAAAAAUGAAACGUAUUAAUUGAAAUUAUAAAGAGUUACUUGUAUAUUUAUACAUAUCUCUAAAAAUCUUUAAUCAGAGCUUUUAUAGUAUAUCAGUGUGUACAAUUUUACCAAAACAACAGAGGAUCAUAAGAUAAUACGAAACUGGAAGAAAUUGCUAAUAUCUGCUAUAUGUAAAACUUUUACAUUUUACAUUUACGUUAUUUGCAUUUAGACUAGUCAGAUUCCCAACAUUAUCUACGUUGCAGUAGCAUGUCAAGAACGGCCUGACAAUUGGUUUGAAACACGUCCGACAACAUUCGACCUAACGACACGUUGUAUUUGUAGAUUUACAUCAUGGUAACGAUCAUAGAAUAUUCUAAAUGCUGACUUUAAACCAAACCUUGGAAACCCUUGUAACAUCAUCUUACUUGUCAGUAGCCUGAAUCGAUUGAAAAA